ACUCACUUCGCGUACAAUGAGCAACUCCCGUGAUCGCAACAACGAUAUCGAUAUUUGGUGGAAGCAGCUAUCUGAAAAUAUAGCUAUCAAAGCUUUUAACAGCUACCCUGCCGCCUUGCGUCUUGACGACGACCACAAGGGCUGUCUCCAGGCUAUAAUGACUCUCAUGGGGGAACGCCGCCGAAGCAUCAUCUGGCUUCACAGCACUAAAGAGCUGACCCCCCCUGAUAAAGCAGUGACGAUUUCCUUGGCCAAUGUGCUGAAGAAGGAGGACCGUCUGGGUGGAAAGUUCGUAUGCCAUUCACCUAACACUUCCGGGCGCAAUUACCUGGAUGGUAUCUUUCCGGCUGUUGCCUAUCAGCUCGGAGUUCCGCGCAAUCAUUUCUCUGCGAGAUGUUCGGUCGUUCAGGCCCUCAGACAAGACCCUGCUCUCCUGCAUGAACAGUCCUCUUUUGUGGAUCAAAUUCGCCCUCUUUUCCACGAACCUCUCAAGUGUCUCCGGAACCCGUGGAAGGAAGGCUGUGCUGCUAAUGCCGACCGUUCCGUCCCGAAGACGCGAGCUUUCAUCUUUGACAGAAUCGACAACUGCUGUCCUCCCGCAGCAUACGAGAACGUGGCCUACUUCCUCGAACUUUUGCUGCAGAUCGUUCAAGAGGAUUCCAGCAUUCCAGAAGCUCACUUGUUCUUUGCUAGUGGACCUAACUUCUCGUUGGAGCAGGUCUUUGGGCUGUUUAAUGAUCCGUCAGCAGCGGGCCCAUUGCAAGUCCUCAAACUUCCUACGCAGUCGCAUAUAACUAUCAUAUCUCUACCACUCGAAAAACACGAUUCCUUGUCAUCGUCUUUCUCAGGCGUUCCUACCGAUGAUGGUGGGGACGACAAGGAAG